CCCAAUCCCCCCCCAAUCCCCUCCCAGUAUAUCCCAGUCCCUCCCAGUCCCCUCCCAGUUUGAUCCUAGAUCCUCCCAGUAUAACCCAGUUCCCUCCCAGUCCCUCCCAGUCCCUCGCAAUCCCCUCCCAGUCCCUCCCAGUAUAUCCCAGUCCAUCCCAGUCCCUCCCAGUCCCCACCAUGGACCUCCUCCAAUCCCUCCAGCUCCUCGCCCGCGACAACCUCGCCUUCUUCUCCCCUCCCCCCACCUCCUCCACCCCCGCCCCCGGCGCCGCCGCCGGCACCUCGCGGCGCUUCGCCGACGCCUUCUCCUCCCUCCUCCGCCACGGCCGCCAUCUUGGCCCCGCCCUCUCCCACCUGGCCCAGGUGGCUCCAAACUUCGACCUGGACGAGGCCACGCCCGGCAACGGCUACCGCAGCUUGCUGCAGGUGGUGCAGGUCUGCCUGGAGCGCGCCGUGGAGCGCAGCCGCUACGUGGCCGCCCACCGCCGCAGCCUCUUCUUCCGCGCCGGCGCCAACGCCGCCGAGAUCGAGGCGGUGGCCGCCGCCUUGGGGCAGCUGCGAGCUUUGGUGGUGUUGGCCGUGAAGAUGGCGGAGAUCUCCAAGCCCGGUUGUCUCUUCCCCGACGGGGAGAAGGUGAGGAAGGAGCUGGAGGAGGAGGAGGAGGAGGAGGAGGAGGAGGAGGAAGGCAUCAGCGAGGUGGUGCUGCGCGAGUACAGCACCAUGCACAACGGCUGCUUCUACGGGAGGUGCUUGGGCUUCCAGUUCGUGCCGUCGCUGCGGCCGUUCCUGCAGACCUUGGCCAUCGGCCUGGUGGCCUUCGGCGAGAACUACGGCAGCCGCGAGCCCGGCAUCGGGGUGGCGGCGGGGUCGCUUUUCACCAGCGGGAAAUUCGCGCUGGACCCGGAGCUGCGCGGGGCCGAGUUCGAGCGCCUGACCCAGAACCUGGACGUGCAUUUCUGGAAAAGCUUCUGGAACCUCACCGAGACCGAGCUGCUGGCGUCGGUGGCCUCGCUGACGGCCGUGCAGGUGGGGCUGUGCCGAGCCCUGGCCGUGCCCCCUGAGCCCCUGGAGCUGCCCCUGGCCCGGGACCCCUCCCGGAGCGUCACCAUCUCCCCCCGGGCUCACCUGGGCCCCGCCCCCCUGCACCUGAGGCUGCUCUCCUACCACCUCCGCGAGGGACAGGUGAGUCCGGAACCUUCUGGAACCUUCUGCGAAAAAUUGGGGAAAAUUUGGGCAAGUUUAAGGGGU